AUGCCGAAAGACAAGAAAAGUGAAGAAAUCACAGAAAUCGAUCAUGUUGACAGAGGAAUCACCAGCAUUAACCAAAUUCCUCGUUUAUUUGAGUUAACUAGUCUCACUCGUCUUACUCUCAGUCACAACAAACUCACCGUGAUUCCUCCUUCUAUCGCCGAUCUGGUCAAUCUUCAGAUUUUGACAUUAUGGAAUAACCAUAUUGAAGAACUGCCAUCCAGCAUCUCCAGUCUACCGCGUCUGAGAAUAUUGAAUGUUGGUAUGAACCGUUUGUCUGUCUUACCUCGCGGAUUCGGAUCUUUCCAAUCUUUGGAAAUCCUGGAUUUGACGUAUAAUAAUUUGAACGAGAAGGGUCUACCUGGUAACUUCUUCUUCAUCGAUACACUGAGAGCACUUUAUCUUGGAGAUAAUGACUUCGAAAUGCUCCCUGGAGAUGUGGAGAAUCUACGAAAUCUCCAAAUCUUAGUCCUUCGUGAUAACGACUUGCUAACUCUCCCCAGAGAAAUUGGACGAUUGUCUCGCUUGAAAGAACUCCACAUCCAAGGUAACCGUUUGACCACAUUACCGCCUGAGUUGGGAAACUUGGAUCUUGUGGGUUCCAAACAAGUCAUCCGAUUGGAACACAAUCCUUGGGUUCCUAAUAUUCAAGAGCAGUUCGAAAUUAACGGUGCUCAAGCUGUUAUUGACUACAUCAGAAGUGAAAGUUACAAAUAUUUCUUUGGACGCCAGGAAGUCAACUCGACACCCAUUCCUCCUCGACGCAAUAAGGAGAAAAAGAUUUCAAGAAAGAAUAUACAACAACAAGCAUGCGUAGCAUAG